AGUUUGUCCGCUUAAAUCAAGGUUAACGUUACAGUGAAUUCACAUGACACAUCCAGGAUUUAGAAUACAACCAGACUGGGAUAUAGCCUUGAGUGAAAAUUCAAAGUACAUUUGGUUUCAUCAAUACGAUAGUAGUUCUACCAAGUAUCGCAAACUGGAAUACCGAAAUCCUAUUUUAGUACCUGAUGAUGAAGAUAUUACUUGCAAUUUAAUUUCACAAAACCUUUUACAACUAUCGUCACACAGUCCACAAAUCAGUAAAUUUUUCCAACGCCCAGAUUCCUGCUAUGAUCUUUUAAGCUCUACAGCAAAAAAUCCUCGCUCACAUUUAUCGUCUUUUGAUGUUAGUCCAAGUGGUGAACUUUUUAUUGCUUCUUUCAGUGGACCAGCUUUAAAAUUGUAUGAAUCACAAACCGGGAUUGUUCGGAGAUCUCUUGAAGGACAUGUUGGUGAUAUACUUACAUCGAAAUUUUUUCCAUCUGGUCUAGUCGCCCUAACAGCUGGAAGUGAUAUGCAAUUGAAAAUUUGGUGUCUUAUUACUGGUCGAUGUGCAGCUACUCUGGCGCCAAGAUGUGCUGGUGCAGUCACAGGCAUCAAUACUGGUAGUAAAAGUGAACCUGGUGGUCAUAGAGCUGGUAUACUGGACACAGCUAUUAUAGAUCGAGGUCGUAAUAUUGCAUCGAUAGAUCGAUUGGGUUGGUUAAGACUAUGGGAUGUAGCAACACAAACCUGUUUAUCUGCAAUCCCAGUAACACCUAGUGCUCUUGAUGUGCGUACCGCCUCUUCGAUUGUUUUAGAAGAAGUGACUUGCCUAGCUAUUCGAAAACAUCCAAAUUUACCGAUUCAGUCAACUAGUCCAGUGGACGACUCUUCAGAACCUUGGUAUCAAAUUCGAGAGACAUCUUCAACAAUAGCACAAGAAGUUUCUACAUCAGAUGCAUUGAUUGCUGUUGGGACAGGAACGAAUGCCUCUGUUCGCUUAUAUGAAUUAGCUAAUCGUCAAAAAGGCUGUGUUGUCCAGUGUACCCUUCCAAGUGCUAAUGGUUCUGUAGAAUCAUGUGCUUUCCCUGAAGAGAUGCCUGCUUCCAUGUCGAAAAGACUACAAUUGAUUGAUGUGCCUAAAAGUUGUGUUUCAACCUUUAUGGAUUAUGGCCUAUUCGCUGGUAGUCAACAUGGUGAAUUAGCAUCUUGGGAUAUACGACAGACUAGACAGCCGUUAUGGUUACUUACGCACGAGAAAGGUGCAGUUCAGCAUAUUCGUGUCUGUAGACGACCUAAUUGUCAAUAUCUACUAGUUAUUGUCUCACGAAGUGAUGGACGUACUCUUGUAUACCCGUAUAAUCCAGCUGUAGGACAAGAUGACUCAUCAUCAUCACCAUCAUCAAUCCCAAUUAGUCUCGAAUUGACUGGUGUCAAUUGUGAACCUAUAGGUGGACUUUCAAUGGUAUAUCAAGCAUCCGGAGAAUUAUCUGUAUGGUCAGCAACUCGCAGUGGAAAAAUUCAUCAGUAUAAAAAACUUUUAGAUGAAAUAUCCUUUAAAAACCUUCAGAUUCCAUGA